AUGCUUAUUUUUGCCAAGGACCAUUUGGGUAUGGGCCCCGUCAGCGAAGAACGAUCCAACGCUACGAUUCUACAACUUGUUCCCUUCGACUCUGGCAGGAAGUGCAUGGGUAUCUUCGUUCAGUUGCCCGAUGGCAGAGCUAGACUGUACGUCAAGGGAGCUUCGGAGAUUCUUCUCGGUCAAUGCACGGAAAUCCUGCGUGACCCUUCCCGCGACCUGACCACCACGGCUCUGACCCCCGAGAACGACGAAACAAUCAAGGGUUUGAUCAACAACUACGCUUCACGGUCUCUCCGAACCAUCGGCAUUGUCUAUCGCGAUUUCGAGCAGUGGCCACCAAAGAACCUCCGUCGUGCCGAAGGCAACCGCAACGAAAUUGUCUUCGAGGACGCUUUCAAGCAGAUGACCUUCAUUGGCAUGGUGGGAAUUCAAGACCCUCUGCGUGAAGGUGUGCCGGAAGCUGUGAGGGACUGCCAGAGAGCUGGUGUUGUGGUUCGCAUGGUUACUGGUGACAACAAGCUUACAGCACAGGCUAUCGCAAAGGAGUGCGGCAUCUUGAAGCCUGACGGCCUCGUGAUGGAGGGGCCCGAGUUCCGUAAUCUGU